GCCGCGCGACAGCAUGGAGCAGCUCGCGCAGUUCGUCACGCAGAGUUUCGAGGCUCGCCGCGCGCGACCCUGCGAGCUCGAGCCCGAGGGCCGCUGUCAGCGCCGCACGCAGCAGCAACAGCAGCAGCAGCAGCAGCAGCGUCGGCCCCAGGGCCUGGCCGCGAUAACCUUGAGCGUCGCGCAGCUCGUCGGCGCCGUGCAGGCCGCCGCCGCCUCCCCGCGCGGCGCCGAACCGCCGGGCGACGAUGACGCCGAGCGCGGCCGACAGCUGGCACUGAGUGCGCGCGACGAUGCGCCACCCGAGAUGGUCGAGUCGGAGCAGCAGCGGCAGCAGCAGCAGCGCGACUCCUCGGGCAAAGCGUCGCCGAUAAAGGAGCCGGUGCCGUCGCCGGAGCCACGCCUGCAGCCGGAGGACCUGUCGGUGUCCUCGCAGCGGCAGAAGGACGGCGGCGAACCGGAGAAGCGCUCGCCGCAGUCGACAGCGGCGUCCAGGCAGCCGGAGCUGAAGCUCUCGGUGCGCAAGCUCCUGGGCUGCGCCACGCCGUCGCCGCCGCCGGCGCCGGCGAGGGAGCGAUCGGCGAGUCCCGGCGACGAGCCGCCGGCCAGGGGCCCCAGCCCCGAGACCAGACACGCGAGCGUGCUCGUCAGGCCGACCACCACGCUCAUCCACGAGGACGCGGGCAAAGUUGCAGGGACGACGACGAAUCAGCCGAGAGGCACGGCACCGAGCUCGAACGGCGGUGGCAGCGGCGGCGGCGGCGGCGGCGGCGGCGGUGGCGGCGGCGGCGGCGGCGGUAGCAGUAGCAGCAGCAGCAACGGCAAACAGCGUCGGUCCAGGACGAAUUUCACGCUGGAGCAGUUGGCCGAGCUGGAGCGGCUGUUCGACGAGACGCACUAUCCGGACGCGUUCAUGCGCGAGGAGCUGAGCCAGCGACUGGGUCUGAGCGAGGCUCGCGUCCAGGUCUGGUUUCAGAACCGGCGCGCCAAGUGUCGCAAGCACGAGAGCCAGCUGCACAAAGGCGUGUCGGCUGGAAUGGUGCUGGCGCCGCGGAGUCCGCCAACGAGCCUGGAGCCGUGCCGAGUGGCGCCCUACCUGCCGGCGCUGCGGCUCCAUCCGCCGAUGCAACCGGCCGGCGGCGCCGCCGCCAGCGUGACCACCAGCUCGGCCUUCGACCCGGCCGUGUUGCACUACGCGGCAGCCGGCGGACUCUUCUGCCUGCCGCAGCCGAGCUCCAGCCUCGCCGCCUCGCUCGCCGCCGCCGCCGCUGCCGCCAGCAGUCGAUCCAAGAGUAGCAGCAUCGCUGACUUGAGGCUGAAAGCUCGCAGACACCAAGAAGCCCUCGGGCUGGAAAGACCCGCGCGCUUCGAUGCCCCGAACGAAAAAGAGGUACGAUGGGUAUACUACUAGUCAAAUAUGGAAAAAUUCUGGCGCGCGCGCGCGCGCGCGUGUGUUACUGUGAUUAGGAAAUACACGAAACGCUCCCGUUUUACUCAUGUAUAAUGUCUAUGUAUAAUGUUUCGGUUCCUUUAAUUGUAGAGAACAAUAAUUAAUCGUGGCUUGUAUUUCAUGAGUGCGUGUGCGUGCCAGCGUGCGUGUGUGUGCGCGUGAGCGUGUGUGUGCAAGCAGCGAUGAUCGAACAACGAAUGGCUGCGUAUACAGUUGUAAUUUUUUUCUUUUGGUUUGCGAGAACAAGCAAUAUUCCACGCGCCUGGGACGGAGAGACGAGCGAAGAUGUCAGUCGCUAAAAGUAUCCGUAUUACCUUGUACAUGGAAGCGAUUGUAUGUAGCUUGGAUGAGAAAAGACAGCCGAAUCAUAUCGGAAAAUUGUCCGUAUGAAAGAAACAAAAAUUCAAUAAAACUACAAAAAAAAAGAAAAAAAGAACACAUAGUAGCUGAAAAAAGAAAAU